AUGUAUAUUAGAAGAUACAUAUUUUAAUUCUGGUAAUGAUAGCUUUAACCAAGAAGAAUUCCAAAUUGCUUUGGCCAAGAUGCAUUAUGGAUGGGUUGCCCCUUAAAGGACAUUAAAUGAUUAGGCUCAUAGUUUAGAACCAUAUCUUCAAUCAAUGGGCUUUAAAAUGAGAGUGAAAUUUAACAAGUAUUGGGGAGGCAUGGAUAAAGUGAAUGUGCUUUUGCUAAUUGCUGUGGUGUUAGAACCUCAUUACAAAUUAGAGUACGUUAAGUUUUGCUUCACAUGUUAUUGCUUUGUUGACACCUUGAAUGUAGGGACAAGAAUUGAUGCUCUAAUGAAGAAGCUUGAAAAUGCCUUGAAAAGGUCCAAUAGAAGCAAGUAUCGAGUUCUUGCUAGGAUGGCAAGAGAUAUUCUGAGUAUUCCUAUUUCUACUAUUGUUUCAGAGUUUGCUUUUAGCUAUGGAGGUUGAGUUCUUGACCAAUUUCAUAGUUGUUUAUCUUCGAGGCUAGUAGAGUGUUUGAGCUAUGCUCAAGAUUGGUUGAGAUCUUCAUCACUUCAUCUUGAGGUUGAGGUGGAUUUGGAAGAGUUAGAGAAUCUUGAUGAAUCUGAUAAUUAUUUGUUUUCUAAUUCUAGACAAUGUUUACUAAAACCUAAAUGGAAUC